UGUGUGACUUGUGUGGUGAGGACACUUAACAAGCAAGAAGCAGAAUAAGGACAGACAAACAGAAAAGGAAGAAGGGACUCUUGUGUCGGCUCUGGAUGCUGGGAACUUCCAAACACAAGGAAGUUAUUAUUACCCUUCUGUCAGGCUGAAGACAUCUGUAGGCUUAGAGUUGAUGCAGGAUGCAGUCCUACCUCACGCUGUUGCUGGGGAUCAUAGCCUCUGCUUCUUCAGCUGAAUGGAAGCGUCCUGUGAUCAAAUUCAACUCUAAGGUGGUGGAAAGUUUUGAAGUGGUGGUUACUCCUGGAAACCCCCUGGAUCUGAGGUGUGAAGGGAACGGGCCUGUAAACUGGCAAACCAGGCUGCCCAAACACAGACGCUAUGUAUCCAAAGGCAGUGGGACUGUUCGCACCAUAAAGGUGGAACGUCCCUCUGCAGAGUUCACUGGAACCUACAAGUGCUUUUACACUGCUGGCUCCCAGUAUCAUAAUCUGACUUCUUCAGUGCACGUGUAUGUAAAAGAUCCACAUCGUGUGUUCUGGACCAGCAGUACAUCCCUGCGUGUGGUGAAGAAGGAGGGUGAAGACUAUCUGCUGCCCUGCCUGCUGACCAACCCUUCAGCUACAGACCUGGGUCUCCGCAUGGACAAUGGCACCACUGUGCCACCAGAAAUGAACUUCACUGUCUACAGGCAUCGCGGCAUCCUCAUUCACAGUCUCCACCCCAGCUUCAAUGCUGACUAUGUCUGCACAGCCAGGGUCAAUGGAGUGGAGAGGAUCUCCAAAGCUUUUUCCAUCAAUGUCAUUCAGAAGCUUCGUUUCCCUCCAUAUGUCUUCUUGGAGACUGAUGAGUUUGUGCGCACUGUUGGGGAAGAAAUUAAAAUUCGCUGCACAACACACAAUCCCAACUUCAACUACAACGUCACAUGGAGAUAUGCCACCAAAUCAAAACCAAUGAUAGAGGAGAGAGUUCGCUCCAGUGGAGAGAAUCGGCUGGACAUACAGAGCAUACUGAAUAUUGCUGCUGUGGACCUUGCAGACACAGGAAACAUCACCUGUAUCGGUACUAACGAAGCCGGGGUGAACAGUUCAACCACAUACCUGCUUGUUGUGGAUAAGCCGUACAUCAGGCUGUCACCCCAGCUGUCAUCUAAACUAGUACACAAGGGUCUUUCAGUUGAGGUGAAUGAGGGAGAUGAUCUGGAGCUCAGCGUGCUCGUUGAAGCCUACCCUCAAAUUUCAGAGCACAGAUGGUACACCCCAACAUCGCCCAACACAUCCACUCAGGAGCAGAAGUUCAUCCAAUUCAACAACAGGUACUAUGCCAGCCUGCAGCUGAAGAGAAUGAAUGCACAGGAACAGGGCCAGUACACCUUCUAUGCCAGAAGCGACUUGGCCAAUGCAUCCAUCACGUUUCAAGUCCAAAUGUAUCAGAGACCUGUUGCUGUGGUGAGGUGGGAAAAUGUGACCACACUGACUUGCACAUCAUUUGGUUAUCCAGCUCCAAGAAUCAUCUGGUAUCAGUGCUUUGGAAUUAGACCCACGUGUAAUGAAAACACCAGUGGGUUGCAGUUGGCAAUCCCUCUCCAGGCUCCUACUGUGGAGAUCCAGAGGGAGGAAUAUGGGACUGUGGAAGUGGAGAGUGUCCUCACUGUGGGGGCUUCCAACCAGAGGAUGACGGUUGAAUGUGUGGCCUUUAAUGUCGUUGGUGUGAGCAGAGACACUUUUGCCAUGGAGGUUUCUGAUAAGCUCUUUACUUCCACACUGACUGGAGCAGCUGGAAUUCUGGCAAUCCUUCUGGUGCUGCUGAUUUUUCUAUUUUACAAAUACAAGCAGAAACCCAGGUACGAGAUACGUUGGAAGAUCAUUGAGGCCAGAGAUGGCAACAAUUACACCUUCAUUGACCCCACUCAGCUGCCCUACAACGACAAGUGGGAAUUCCCCAGAGACAAGCUCAGACUAGGAAAGAUUCUGGGUGCCGGUGCGUUUGGAAAAGUUGUUGAAGCCACAGCUUAUGGUCUGGGAAAAGAGGACAAUGUGAUCCGUGUGGCUGUGAAAAUGUUAAAAGCCAGUGCCCAUUCAGAUGAGAGGGAGGCUCUAAUGUCUGAGCUAAAGAUCCUGAGCCACCUGGGACACCACAAAAAUAUUGUCAACUUACUCGGAGCAUGCACCUAUGGAGGACCAGUGCUUGUGAUCACCGAGUACUGCAGCCUCGGCGACCUCCUGAACUUUCUUCGCCAGAAGGCAGAAACGUUUGUAAACUUUGUGAUGAAUAUCCCAGUAGCUGGGGAGAACUUUAACGACUACAAGAACAUCUGCGUUGAGAAGCAGUUUAUUAGAAGUGACAGCGGGAUCUCCAGUGCAUCCUCCAGCAGUUACCUGGAGAUGAGACCCAGCCAGCUGCCAAACACAGUAGCAUCUCCAGAUUCAUGCCCAGACACAGAGUUUGAGGAGACUGGGGACUGGCCGCUAGACAUUGAUGACUUGCUGCGAUUUUCCUUUCAAGUAGCUCAGGGUCUUGACUUUUUGGCUGCCAAAAAUUGUAUUCACAGAGAUGUUGCAGCUAGGAACGUCCUCCUGACCAAUCACAGAGAGGCAAAAAUUUGUGACUUUGGCCUGGCGCGGGACAUCAUGAAUGAUUCCAACUAUGUGGUGAAGGGCAAUGCACGUCUGCCUGUCAAGUGGAUGGCUCCAGAGAGCAUCUUUGACUGUGUCUACACUGUCCAGAGUGACGUCUGGUCUUACGGCAUCCUCUUAUGGGAGAUCUUUUCUUUAGGCAAGAGUCCGUAUCCAAGCGUGGCUGUGGACUCCAGGUUCUACAAGAUGGUAAAGCGUGGCUAUCAGAUGUCCCAACCAGACUUUGCUCCACCUGAAAUAUACAACAUCAUGAAAAUGUGCUGGAAUCUGGAGCCUACAGAGCGACCGACAUUUAGCAAAGUCAGUCAGAUGAUAGAAAGACUAUGUGGAGGCCAAACAGAUCCAGAACAGGUAAUCUACCAGAAUGUGCAGGAGCAGCAGGUCACAGAGGAUGAAAUGUGUGACCAGCCAAAAUGCUACGGCGACCCCUGUGAUCAGUCUUGUGACCACGUGGAAGAGGAGCAGCCUUUGAUGAAGACCAACAAUUACCAGUUUUGUUGAAAAAAAAAAAAAUCAACAACAAUAUAUUAGUAAAUCAAUUACUCUUCAUAUAUCAUCUGUAAAAUGGGACCAGCUGUAGCU